GCAGGUCGCCUGACGAUGGCGCGGGGCGGGGCCGCGGGCCGUCCGGGUCUGUUGCAGACAUCCGCUUCCGGGGCCGCGGCCAUCGCGCUCUGCAGCUCGGCAGGCGCGCGAACCUGUACACGGGACAAGACCCGGGGCCCUACGGGCCGUGAAUUGCGGCCGCCUUCGCCCCGCCGCCCGCCCUCUGCCCUCCGCCGCCCACCUCCUCAGCCAGUCAUGCUGGAGCACCUGAGCUCGCUGCCCACGCAAAUGGAUUACAAGGGCCAGAAACUAGCUGAACAGAUGUUUCAGGGAAUUAUUCUUUUUUCUGCAAUAGUUGGAUUUAUCUACGGGUACGUGGCUGAACAGUUCGGGUGGACUGUCUAUAUAGUUAUGGCCGGAUUUGCUUUUUCGUGUUUGCUGACACUUCCUCCAUGGCCCAUUUAUCGCCGGCACCCCCUCAAGUGGUUACCUGUUCAAGACUCAGGCACAGAAGACAAGAAACCAGGGGAAAGAAAAAUUAAGAGGCAUGCUAAAAAUAAUUGAUUGGGGCUUUCAUGACUCAGCUUUACUAUUGCACCUGCUUUUGUUUCGUAUGAGAUGAGCUAAAUUGUUUUCACACCCAAAACAUGAGCUAAAAUCUACCUAUGCUCUUACUGCACAGGUGUGUUGAGAUUUUGUUCUCUUUAUAUUUCACUUCUAACUCAGUUGGGUUUUGACUUAUAAAUAUUUUAGACCUUCUCUUCAUAAUCUUCCUCUGAAAUGGAGAACAGAAAACACAAGUAUGCAAAGUUUCUUUCAGGUCUACAAAAAUAAUGAAGAAUAAAUGCCUCAUAAAUGAUAGUACAAUUUAACUAUCAGAGUUUUAUAAUUCAUUAUGAGUAGUUAAGCUGUUUUAAUGUUUUCAAUUAAAACUCACAGUGCAAGUCU